CCCUGCAAACAUAAUGGUUUUGGUUUCUGACCACCAUGGCGAACCGUGCCACCUUGUUUGGGUCAAGUUCCAUCUAACACAGAGUCAAAUCAGCCACAUGAAAUGGCACACAUGAACUAACCCAAGAGCAAUCGUUGAAGAUCCAUGAUACAAAUCAAGUCGCAAAUCGCAUCGCAACUUGGACGAAGAAAAUAGCAAUAUCAGUUGCUCUGUAGCUGGCUACAUCGCUGAAGACGCACGCGUGUUUCUGAGUUUCUAUUUUCAUGGAGGUUAAAAAUCUCCGAUUGCCGAAACAGGGAAACACAAAAUUGCCGGUGCCGAGUUGCUAAUUAGAGGACAUUGGUUUCUUAAUUAAGGUCAAAUCGCAAAUGGCCACAUCUGUUACCAACAAUGGCAGUAGGAGUGGACAGUGGCAGCAAAAGGAGUUGUUUUUUCUGGUGACUUAUGCAUUUAUCUUCUACGUUAUCAUCAUCAGACGUUCCCUUCAACUCUCUCAUGAUCAUUUCAAACAACUAUUUGGUUUACGCCCAGGAUGGCUCAUACCUCAUCGCCUCAAUGAUGUCUCAGAUGCUCAGUGGAGGAAUUUUCGAGGAAAUUUACCUGUUCUUAGUCUUGUCUUUGGAAUUUUCACUCUGCUGGCCACCUUGAUGAGGGCUUUUUUUAAUUUAAAAGUGGGGGGAAUGUCUAUUGUCUGGCUUUUGUUUUCUUUGGUCUACCUAUCAUAUCUGCAUGGAACAUGCAUCAUAUUUGUCCUUUCAAUAGCUACUAUUAACUUUCUUAUUGUGAAGAUAUUUGCACGGAAAAAGUACUUUCCACUUGUUGUUUGGAGUUACAAUAUAUUUUUCCUUCUCACUAAUCGGAUUUAUGAAGGAUAUUCAUUCUCUAUAUUUGGACCACAAUGGGGAUUUUUGGACAAUUACCGGGGCAGUUUUAGGUGGCACAUAUGUUUCAACUUUGUUGUUUUGCGCAUGAUAAGCUUUGGAUUUGAUUAUCAUUGGAGAAAUCAAGAUUCUCAUUUUGAUCAGGAGAAACAUCAACAACGUUGUCAUAUUUGUAAAUCAGGAAAAGCAUGCUAUCAAGCUUUACAGGAGAGAAGUCUACAGGAUGACAAGUUCGGAUAUAUCACAUACCUUUGUUAUUUGGUGUAUGCACCACUUUAUAUUGCUGGUCCAAUAAUUAGCUUCAAUGCUUUUGCCUCACAGCUAGAUGUUCCUCAGAAUACAAAUUCAGUUAGAAAUGUGAUACUCUACGGUUUCCGUUGGGUUUUAAGUCUUCUCCUUGUGGAAUUAAUGACACAUCUAUUCUAUUAUAAUGCCUUUGCUAAUAGUGGUUUGUGGAAGCAAUUAUCUCCUAUGGAAGUGUUCAUCAUUGGAUAUGGGGUCUUAAACUUCAUGUGGCUAAAAUUUUUACUGAUCUGGCGCUUCUUCCGUUUCUGGUCACUGGUAAACGGAAUUGAGACCCCGGAGAAUAUGCCAAAAUGCAUUAAUAAUUGCCACAACUUGGAAGGCUUUUGGAAAAAUUGGCAUGCUUCCUUUAACAAGUGGCUUGUGAGGUAUAUGUACAUUCCUCUAGGAGGAUCUCGGAAAAAGCUACUAAAUGUAUGGGUUGUAUUCACAUUUGUUGCUAUAUGGCAUGAUUUAGAGUGGAAGCUUCUUUCAUGGGCAUGGUUGACAUGUUUAUUCUUUAUCCCUGAGUUGGUUUUUAAAUCAGCUACAAAAGCAUUUCAGCAGGCUGAAAAUUCUUUUGGGGAAUUCAUAUUUCGUGAACUCAGUGCUGUUGCUGGUGCAGUCACAAUUACUUGCCUCAUGGUGGCAAAUCUGGUUGGUUUUGUUAUUGGACCAAGAGGCAUUAACUGGUUGCUUUCUUCUUUCCUUCAAAAGGAAGGGUUGCCGGUCCUUGGCGGCAUGCUUUUAACAUUUUACGUUGGAACAAAGAUUAUGUUGCACAUAGAUGAAGCAAAGCAAAGGUUGCCUUGAACCGGGCAAUAACUUUGACCAUAAUAUUUGUGCAAAUGUGCAAAAUGCGAAUGCACGUUUAGUUCUAGGAGUGUCACUUAUCCGGUAGUUUAGUUCUAGGAGUGUCACGAAUCUGGUAGUGAACAACAUGAUUGGCUUGGAGGUACCUGUGGGCAUGGUUUUUUGCCCUUUUUGAUUGAUUUCCCAUUCAAUUGUCCAUCAAAAUUGGGAGCCAUGUCUUCGGAUUUUGUUAUCCAUGUGAUGUAAAAAUCAUAGUUCAUAGAAGACCAGGAAAAUGAAAAGGCACUUCUGUUGAAAAUAGGGUUGGUUUACAACUUUACAUGAGAUACGCAACAUUAUAAUUUUGAACUUCACACCUCAUUACUGCAAGUUUAGUUUGUUACUUGUA